CAGUCUUCUUGAGCGUGGGAGAGGGAUGGCGCGGGCAGCUGACUGAGCAAGACUGGAAACCGCUGGAAAAGUUCAGCAGGUCCGGCAGCGCGUCUCGGGUCCGGGGAUCCUCCUUCAGAACAGGACCAGGUUUCAGGAACAUCCCGGGGAGGUCGCCGGGCCCCGAGCGCCAAGACCUGGCUCCUGCCCCCGGGGGAGAGGAGACAGUGAGACAGGUAUUUGAACAUCUGAAGACUGAUGUUUCAAACUGAACAGAUGAAGGGCUUAUCCCUAAAACAUUGACUCUCCUGCUCUUCGGAUGCUGCCUGACCCGCUGUGCUUUUCCAGCACCGCACUUUUGGCACUGACUCUCCAGCCUCUGAAAUUCUUACUUUGAUGUCAAUGUCUGACAGUCACCCAACCCAUCAGGAUAGCAACGAUUUUUGCCUGUGAUUCUGUGAGAAGGAGCAAAGCUUUUUCAUUUCUCUUUGAGCAUCAGUGAGAGAUCCUACUGUUCCAGCGCACUGAUUGUGGAACCUGAAACAGUUAUACAGCCUGGAAAGAGGAAUUCACGGCAGGAAGGAGCUCUACAAGCAUUUGUGUGUGGCUGAAGCAUCGGCCAUGGAGAAACCUGAGGGAUCCCGCCCUGUGGAGAAACUGUGGAAGUGUGGCGAUUGCGGAAAAGGCUUCCGUUUCCCAUCUGCCCUGGAGACACAUCGGCGCAGUCACACCGGAGAGAGGCCAUUCCCCUGCACAGAGUGCAGGAAAGCCUUCAGCUAUUCCUAUGACCUGCUGAAGCACCGGCGGGUACAUACAGGGGAGAGGCCCUUCAGCUGCCCUGAGUGCGGAAAGGGCUUUACCCAGGCCUCCAACCUGCUGACCCACCAGCAGGUCCAUAUCAGGGAGAGGCCGUUCCUCUGCACUGUGUGUGGAAAGGCCUUCAGCAAUUCUUCUGCCCUGCUGACCCACCGGCGGGUCCAUACAGGAGAAAGACCCUUCAGCUGCCCCGAGUGCAGGAGGGCCUUUAGCGAUUCCUCCGCCCUGCUGAGGCACCGGCGGGUCCACACCGGGGAAUGGCCCUUCAGCUGCCCUGAGUGUGGGAAGGGGUUCAGCGAUUCCUCCACCCUGCUGAUCCACGAGCGGGUCCACACGGGGGAGAGGCCCUUCAGCUGCCCCAAGUGUGGGAAGGGCUUUAGCGAUUCCUCCACCCUGCUGACCCACCGGCGAGUCCAUACUGGGGAGAGGCCCUUCAGGUGCCCCGUGUGUGGGAAGGGGUUCAGUCAGGUGGGCAAUUUGCGGAGGCAUGAGCGGCUCCACUAGGGGAAGAGGCCCUUCAGGGGCCCCGAAUGCAGGAAGGGAUUCAUCUGCUCGGUUAGCUGCUGACCCACGUGGGUCCAUGUGGGGGAGUGGCCAUUUGCCUACUUUCAGUGAGAGAAGGCAUUCUCUUGGGGGUGAGGGUUUGGGGUGGGGAAGAAAACCCCUAUCUGAUUCACUCAUACCCUUUGUAGAGGAGGAAACUGCCUUGUGGGAAAGGAUUCACUCAAUUGUCCCAGUUGCAUCCUUUACCCAGUCUGGCCUACACGUGACUCCAGACCCACAGCAGUGCAGUUGACUCUACAUUGCCCCUUCCCAUGGCAAAUGAACAGGGAGAAACUUACUUGGACACAGGGUAUGGCUGUACCAUGGAUCCAAUUACAAAGGGACAACUCAGUGCUAAUGAAUAGUAAAGGGGUGCGGUGGUGGUGUGUGUAUGUUUUGACCUUGAGUUUAGAUUAGAUUACUUAGUGUGGAAACAGGCCCUUUGGCCCAACA